UUGUUUUCUUUUCUCUUUCCCUAUCUUUGGCGUGAGGAUGUUAUUAAUACCCACAUCUCCUUCUCUUCUUCACUUUUCUUCUUCAUAAUCAAUAACCAAACCCCGAAACUUUUUUUAAUUUCCUUUAAAAUUUUUUGUUUUUCCCUUAUGACCCUUUUUCUGUCUCCUGUUUCCUUCUUCAUCUAUGCCUCUCUCUUCCUUUUUGCAUUGAAAAUAAUCUUGCCUUACUGUUGUUCUCAAUUCAUGUUGAAGUACUUUUGUAAAAAACGUGUUCUCUCUCCUCCUUUUUCCAAAUGUGGGUUAGGGUUGAUCACCAAUGAAACAACAGCUAGUGUUAAUCCAAAUGUUAUUGAGUCCUCAUCACUGCUACUCAACAUUAAACCUAUGACACCAACAACAUCACUGCCGUCCAAAAAGAAAGACCCUGGUGGGAUAGGAUUUAUAGAUGAUAUGGGUAGUGGGGUUGAUGGACUUAUGUCAUGUACGGAAAGUUUGGGGUUUGAGAGUUGUGAUGAAAGAAGGGUUGAUGAUGGUGGUGAUGACGAUGAGAAUGAUGGUGAUCAUCAACAUAUGGAGUUUUGUGAAGGGGAAAGGGAUAGAUGGAGAAGGAAAAAGAUCAGUGAAGAGAAGAGAUCAGAAAGGAAUAAGAAGAAGUUUCCACCACCACUUUCUUCAUUGAACCAGAAUGGUCAGCCUUGUUUUUAUCUAAAGCCUGUAAGGAAAAAUGGGAAGUUGGAGAUAACUGAGGUUAGAAUACAAAGACCUGAGAUUUUACGUGCUGUCAGGCAAAAUGGUCGCUUGAGAUUGCAUCUUGUUAGCAGUGACGCUUGCCCCAAAAUCAAUGAAGGAGAAGAAGAUGAAGAUGAAAACGAAGAGACAAAGCGAGAAGAACAAGAACAAUUAGAAUUCCAUUUGCAAGAAGUAGAAGAAGAAGGAGAGAAGAAAGUUGUACAAGUGAGUGGAGAAGGUCGGAGAUGUCAUGAACUGGUUAUGAGCCAUCAUCAUCAUGAUUAUCCUCAUAAUCAUCAUCAUAAUGUCAAUGACCAUCAUAGCUUGCAUUUGUGGAGGCAGCCAUUUGUAACAACAAGGUGAAUGAUCAAAGAGAUGGUAGCCAUGUGUUUCUCUGUUUUUUGGGAAGAUCGAUGUUGUUGGAUUAGUUAAUUUGUUUUUGGAGUUGAGCAGAGACAGAAGGUAAGGACGGAUGCUGUUUUUUAUGCGUACUCAUGGGGGUAUCAUUUUUUAUGCGUACAUAUAAGCUUGAUUGGUGUUAUAUGGUUCACAGUUUGGGAAUAAAAAUUGCAACAGAUGUGUAUCAAAAUUUUCUUUUCUUAUUGUUUUUCCUUCGCAGAAAUGAUCAAAGAAAGGAUCCAUCUAUGUUUCAAGAUUGGAAGACAUUGGUUGUUUGAUCGGUCUGAGAAGACUUCAGAAUGUAGGGCCAAGUUAAUUCAGACGUGCUUCCCUCUAUAAGAUUACAUUAUGCUUGACA